AUGUCUCCAAUGGAGAUUUCUCUCACUCCGCGUCCGACCACCGUCCCAACCGCGCAGGCACAGGCACAGGCACAGGCACAGGCACAGGCACAGGCACCGGCGCAAGGGCAAGCGCAACUCCAAGCACCCCCUACCAUAGGGGAUCGAGACGAAGCAAAAACGCCAACAAGAACCAACUUUGGUGGGCUGACAAAUGACGCCAGCAGCACGUCUCCGAGAAAGUCGGGCAUACCCAAGAGGUUCGAUUGCGUUGGUUAUCAGGAUUGCCAUAUGAGCUUCACCCGCAGCGAGCAUCUGCUUCGGCACAUUAGAAAACAUACUGGGGAACGUCCGUUCAUUUGUUUCUGCUCGCACAGGUUCACUCGAUAUGACAACCUUCGACAACAUCUCCAAACCGUCCACAAGAAUGAAUACAUCCCCCCCGAUUUUAUGACGGCUGCUGGAUCCCGCGGACCGAAACCGGAUCGGACAGAUAGAGUCAGACCUUCUCAAGGAAGGCCGCGGGCAUCGGCUACUCUUAAUCAACCUAGCCGACAACCUGGCUCGGUCCCAGGGCAUAAAAGGAAUGCUCUGUCCAUGUCAAGCAUUCCGAAUAUGGGGUCGAGCGGCUGGAGUCGUGAGCCAUACCCGAGGAGACACCCAGCACCUUUGGUAGUGCCGGGAGACCAGAAUCGAUACUCGCAAGAGUACCAACCCGACAGCCCGUCGGGUGAGUACAGUCGUUACAACCCCUACGCCCGGCCGUCAUCCUCCGGCCUCGGCACUCCGACUUCCGCGACCUCCGCGACUUUCUCGACCGGUCAAAACAGUCCUCGCUGGAGCCAAGGUAUGCGAUCACCAGCUGCCAUCCAUCCUCGGCCUCUCUCAUACGGUGGCAACCCAUUUCAAUCUCCCCUGGGCGGUUCGUACGGGCUGAACAGCCCCUCCACUCCGGCUGGUGGCAUGAUCUCAAGCCCUUCUGCUGCGACGAGCGGAGGGUCCAGACGGGAAUCAAUGACCCACCCUAUGGACGCCGAACCAAGGCGCCGAACAUGGCAUCCGGACUCACGGCCUGCGGUAGAGAACUACACCAGCCGCUUGCAGAAUCUUAUGAAUCCAAGCACCCCCCAAAACGCAACUGGUCAAAGGCCAUUACCUCAACUGGAAAUCAAUACCAGCCGCUUGCAAAGUGUCACGAGUGCGAGUACCCACUACGCAACUGGCCAUGGGCCAUUGCCUCAAGCUCCCACCGUUCCAUCACAACCGAUGCGACUACCUGGAAUUGCAAGCUUGGUUUCGAUGCGGAGACCCGGUAGCCCGGAUCAUCGCCAGCCAAGCCCCAGGAUGUUUGAACUUCCCAUUCGUGCUCCUGUGCGUCAAGAGUAUUCACAGGAGAGGAAAGUAGGCCAAUUUUGGGACCAAGGGACGAACAACCGCCACUUGGAUAGGCUGGAUUUUGCGCAAGGAUCUCCAGCGGAUGCAGCUACGCAAUGGGCAGCCGAGACUAACAGGGCCGUGCAAUCGGCUCGUGAGCAGAGCAGCUAUCAGCCGUCGGCUCAUUUUGAGGGGCAAUACUAUGCGACACCACGGACAGGUGGUGAAUAUCCACGGCACUAUGUUAGUGCCCCUGUCCAACCGGUCACUUCGACGGCGGCUAAGCGCAAGGGAUGGUAUGAUGGGCCUCCUACGUCCAUGCCACCAACCCGGCCAAUCCAAAGGACCUCACCCACCGAGUCAAGUGGAUCUGAGGGUGGAGUUCCCGGAACGCCAAGCAGCAUGGGCGAGCAUAACCCAAGCAUCGUCCACUCAAACGGUUGGGUAGAGAGCCGGAACGGCAGACAGCAACACACACCCACCGGGCCGAGUAACGGAUAUCCCACUUACCAUUCCCAAGGUGCUGAGGGGGCCUACACUUACGGACCACGCCCCUACGAGAAUCCGGCUGAGCAACACCGUGAACAUGUACCAAAAUCGCGAGACAUGGCCGGACUCGAGGCGUUGGCGGCAGUUGCUACGGCUGAAGGAGACGCUAAGCGGGAGAUGAGCCCAACGAUGGCUUGUUAG